UCCCGAAUAAUUUUAAUGCAUUAUUGUAGCCAAAACUUGAUUGAGGAAAAUUUUAGGUGGAGUCUUGGAAUGUUCUAGGACAAUUGCUACGUCAAUUCACUGACAUCACACGCAAUAACCAGUUUGCGUCAUCUCGCUCUCCUUGGCUAUUGGCGGGCUGCGGGCGCGGGUAUUAGUUGCAGCCGGUGCACGUCUGAGAUUUGUGUUCGUGUGUUGCUCCGUGUGCAUCCCCAGCUUUAAUCAUGAGUGCCAUUAGUCCCAUGCCUGCCAUCGCUAAACCUGCUCCCUUCUUCGAGGGCACGGCAGUCGUUAACAAAGAAUUCAAGCAAAUCUCCCUCGCUGAUUACAAAGGCAAAUACUUGGUCUUCUUCUUCUACCCUCUGGAUUUUACGUUUGUAUGCCCAACCGAGAUCAUUGCUUUCUCGGAUAGAGUUGAGGACUUCAGGAAGAUCGGAUGUGAAGUUGUUGGCUGCUCCACAGAUUCUCAUUUCUCCCAUCUCGCUUGGGUGAACACCCCUCGCCGUGAAGGAGGUCUCGGCGACAUGAACAUCCCCUUGCUGGCCGACAAGAACCUCGAGAUCGCUCGUGCCUACGGAGUACUCAAGGAGGAUGGUGUCGCCUUCAGAGGCCUCUUCAUCAUUGACGAAGAACAAAACCUACGACAGAUCACCAUCAACGACUUGCCUGUUGGGCGUGACGUCGAUGAAACUCUUCGUUUGGUGCAAGCCUUCAAGUUUACAGACCAGCACGGUGAAGUUUGCCCUGCUGGCUGGAAGCCCGGAAGCGACACCAUGAAGCCUGAUCCUGUGGGCAGCAAGGACUACUUCGAAAAAUCUAACUAAUAUUCACAUUACGUUAAACGCUGACAAUGAGGCUCGUUGCGUGCAACGUGAACCAGGGACCUGGCUUUCAAUCAAAACCAUUCUACCAAUUUAGUGGAACCAGUCAUUUCCUUACAACCUGCUGUUGUUUGACUUCGUUACUGCUCUUUACAAAAUGACUUCGUUUAUUUUUCAUGGGUUCAGUUUGAGACCUCGCUUUAGUUGAGUGGCCAUGAUGAUAUCGUAAGGAAAUAUAUAUUCAGUGUUAUC